UUGCCCAUCCCCUAAACGGUACAACGUGUGCCCCUCCCGCCGCUUGAGAAGUUGAUUUUCUCCUGCAACCGCUUUUUUCCGGAGAGUUGAAAUGCUGCAGCAGUCCUUCCGCCCUUGAUUCCGCACCACGCUUUUCUAAUCCCUAUUAUCACCUCAGAGACUGGCGCUUUUGAGCCAGGGAGCAUGCCGGCGGGGUUCGAGCGGCUUAACGCGAAGCAGUCGCAACCAAACGACCGCAUCGUCUUCAUCAAGCCACUCAAGGGUCCCGAUGAGAAGAUUGCUCAAGACUUCCUCGAGAGGAUCGCGGCACAAUGUGUGCCCAUCAUGCGGGAACACCACAUCUCGGUCGUGUCACUAGAAGAGUACGAGCCGAACCCCGAAUUCGUCGGCCGGAACUUCAACGCCGGUGAGGUUAUCCAGCUAGUCCUCAAGGCCCGCAGCGGCCACUGGCUGCCGUUCAACUACGUGCAGAUGGUUAUGAUGCAUGAACUGGCUCAUUGCAAGCAGAUGAACCAUUCCCGUGCUUUCUGGGCAGUGAGGAACCAAUAUGCGGAGCAGAUGAGAGCUCUGUGGUCCCGCGGCUACACCGGCGAAGGUCUCUGGGGCCGUGGAAAGCUUCUAUCUACUGGCGAGUUUGAGAGGAAUACGAUCGGACCGGCUGAACCACUCCCGGAGCACCUUUGCGGCGGGACGUACCGCUCUCGGGGUAGGAAACGGAGAGCCAAGAAACCGCUGUCGUACAAAGAACAAAAGGAACGGCGGAUUUUCAAAAAGUUCGGCGCGCACGGCGUGUCUCUCGGCGAAGAUGCCAACAUAAAGCGGAAACUCGAGGGUAAGACGAUAGCUGCCAAGCCUCGCGUGGCGGGAAGCGCCAGGGGGAGAGAACUCAGGGCCGCCGCGGCAUUGGCUCGGUUUGAAGAGCAAAAAAAGGACAGAAAAGCCGGGGAAGAGGAGGUGAAAGAGGAAGCCGAAGAGGAUUCCGAAACCGAUAGCGGGGACGAUCAUGAAGAUGACAGCACCGCGUCUGGGCCGGAUGCUGUCGAUAUCGAUGGGAAGAAGCUACUUGACUCCAAGGGCAGAGGGAUGGUUAAGGUCUGCGAUGACGAGAACCCCGAGGAUCAGGAUACACUGCAAGAGCUGCGGGAACUGCAGGAUUUCGGGCUAUGGGGACCUGUUGCUGGUCCCUCAGGACGUCUGGGACAGUCCGCUCUGAUGUCCACAGAAAGAAAACCCCAAACCCCCGUCAGCCAAAUAUCAGCGCGGAAACAGCCGGACUCGGAGCCGAAGUCGACGCUGAAGUUGAAGCCGAAGUCGAAGCCCCCAAUAUCGGACGGGCCGCCUCCUGCCGAAUCGAGCUCCUCCGGCCGGGAUGCCUGCCGAAUAUGUACGUUUGUCAACGAGCCGCAGUCAGCUACAUGCGCCAUGUGUGCGAGCGUUCUUGACCAUGAGAGAAUGCCGGAUUCCUGGGCGUGUGCGAGCAAGACCUGCCAAGGUAUGGGCUAUCGCAACGCCGGUGACUGCGGCAUUUGCGGUUUGUGUGGGGAACGGAGGCCAGCACCCGCGGCCGGAUCCAAGUGAGCGCCGGGAAGCCGUGAUCUACACAACCGGGAUAGACCACAUUAUGGGGCCGACGUGAAAGCCAGACGCCGUUUCGCGGCACGUGGGACGAGAGAAAAACCAAACUCGGCGGCGCGGAAUACGGUCUGACAACAGCUUGCAUAGUACCCUGCAUCGAUGUUCAUACCGACGACUGGGGUUAUUACACAGCACAAAACGCCUGCUAGGGUGUGUCGAAUAGACUAUAAUGUAUCUACCGGCUGGCGGUCAACAUCUCGCUUGCGUUCACCUGUGAUGAUCUGUGUGGCAUUCAGUGACCC